UUUUCCUCCACUUCACACUUCUCUGAUUUUGAUCUAUUUCCUUAUUCAAGCCAUCCUCACAUUUUCAAACUGUGACAUGGCUUAAGGUAAGCCGGCAUUUCCCGAUCUCUUGGAGGUGUCUGCAAACUGAGCCGCUGCUUUACCUAGUUGCUUCUGUAAUGAUUCUUGCACCUUUCGCAUCUUGCUCCGUGGACUGACGUCGAGCAGAGAAUCAAGAGGAUUCUGUUUCAACAUAGCUUAAGUUCUCCCACAUUCUGCCAGCCACCCUUAAAAAGAGGAGAGGCAAUCCUUGGGUUUAUUUACAACAAUGAAGACUUCGCUCAGGUGAAGCACAGGUUCUUUCUAAGGCAUUUGGGCCAGAGGUUGAAGACAAGAUGAUCAAGGUGGAAACCGUGCUCUUGAUCUUUUGUGUUCUGUCACAAGCCACCGGGUGUUUCCAGCUCAUCACCCCUUCCAGGUGGGGGGCCAAGCCAGCGAACUGUUCAGCCCCGCUGAAGGAUAUCCUUCCAGAAAACGUUGUGAUCAUCCACACAGCUGGCACCCCCUGUCAAACAAGAGAAGAGUGCAGCCGGGAAACGAGAAAUGCUCAAGACUACCAUCAGGGGAGCAAAAAGUGGUGCGACAUAGCCUACAACUUCCUGAUUGGUGAGGAUGGGAACGUGUACGAAGGGCGGGGAUGGCGGGCUGAAGGCGCUCACACCCUUGGCUACAAUGACCUGUCCCUGGGAAUCGCUUUCAUUGGCCUCUUCACAGACAGGUCUCCCAAUGAAGCAGCCUGGAAAGCCCUGAAAUGCUUGCUUGACUUCUCCAUGAAGAUAGGCUACCUUCAUCCCGACUACCUUGUGAUGGCUCACAGUGAUGUCAGCGACCUCAUAUCACCUGGAGAGCCCGUUCGUCAAGCCAUUUCAAAGUGGCCCAAUUAUAAACACCAAUGAAGACACGCCCCAACCUCCUUUCCAUUUUUCUUCAACUGUGGCUUGUUUGGUCCCCCUGGAAUAGAGAGAGGAUUUAAAAAAUUGAUGAUAUUCCAGCUCUGGAUUUGGGAAAUAAAAUAUUUCUGUAGGAUACAUUGUAUGGAAAAAGCAUUGUGCUCAUCUUAGCCCAAAAGGAAGGACAGACACUGAUCUGUUUGGGAUUGCUUACAAUAAAGAAAUGUUUGGUUUUUUGAAA